AUGUCCGACAUUCCUUUUACUUCAUUUUUUAAUUCCCUCUUAGAUUCAUCCACCCUCUGUUGUAUAAGCGGUAUCCUCCUCCUGUCUCUCAUUUCUCUUGCUUUCGUUUUUCAUCUCCGUCUCAAAUCACGCAGUGCACAUCAUUUGCAGAGGUUCAAUUCUCUAUGGACGGUUCGCUUCCUUCUGGUCUCCUUUAUCACCCUUUGGGCCUUCAAUGAACUCCUUCGCUUGUCCUUCUUCCGUCGAAAAUAUCUCUUUCCUUUCAUGCCUUCCCUCACCCUAACGAGGCAAGCCUGCUUUUGCAAAAUCCACAUUGUCUUCUCUUUAGGGGUUUUUGAGCCUGGUUUUCUUGUAACCCAACUUUUUCUGGUUAACGUAUCAAUACAGAAAAAAAUACCACAUGGCUCAUGGGCUAUAGUCUUCGUCUUGGCUAACUGUUUUCCUGUACUUUUCUUGCAAGUUCUGCUCAUUUUUUUUUCUAGAUUGCAGCUACCAUUGCCGGAGAUUUUUCUUAGAACUUCAGUGGUUUCAAAAAGGGACGAAGUGUUAUUGUGUGAAUACCCGUUAGUGAGUUCUAUCAUAUUUGGUGCUUUUGGGAUCUGGUAUUUGAUGGGCUUCUCAUUAUCAUGCUUCAAGGUGGUUAACGUUGUCAUCAACAAGGGGCUAAGGAUUCGAAUUUUUGCUUUAGCUUUCGCUGUUCUGAUAAUGUUACCAUUAAAAAUUCUCUUUCUUUGCUUAUCGAUAUUAUGGGAGCCGGAGGAGACCCUCUAUGCUGCCUUUGCAUUCCUUGUGUUCGGAACCACACUAGUAAUUGCAGCCGUAGGGGAGGGGAUUUUGGUAAUUAAACCCGUUGUUGAUUCGUUGGCUGCCGGAGAAGAUGCUCCUCUAGCGUGUCCUCCUUGCGAGCAGAUGGUGUCGGAGGAGCGCCAAAGACAAAUAUUGGAUGAGGCAAGAGUUCGAGUAUGA